AUGCUGAUUGACAACCUGCCGGAAGACGCGGUCGUUUUUUUCAGUGUCGAGGCUCACUUCCACAUUUCCCUGGUUUAUGUCGAUCGACCACGGACCAUAGCACACCUCAAGAACAACAUUCGCGACGCCAUUGGCAACAUACCGAUUGAUAUGCUGCGAAGAGUGGAUACAAAUUUAAAAAAUCGACUUCAUCAGUGUAUGCGCAAUGGGGGAGCAAAACCGGUCAAAUCUCACGAGAUCCUGGUCCUAUUGCUUCGUCUCCGUCAAGUGUGUUGUCACUGUGGCCUGAUAGCGGCCAUGUUGGAUCCUGAUGAUACACCAGACGUGGUUGAGGAUCAAGGAGGAGCAGACUUGAUGGAGGAACUCAACAAACUAUCGCUAGAAGACUCGCGCUCUAAGAGAAAGAGUAAAGAUAAGAAUGAUGAUGUAGAGGAUGAUCCCGGUGAGGCCACUACAGCAGCAGAAGCCAUCAGGUCCGUGCUGUCUCCAAACAACCCCGUGUUCAACCUCGACAGACAGUCCUCUAAGAUAAAGGCUGUCAUGGAGUGUCUGAAUAAGAACGUCUUCCCUAAUAAAGGAGAGAAGGCGGUGGUAGUGUCUCAGUGGACGUCCGUGCUUCAUUUGGUACAGAAGGGCUUGGAUGCGCGAGGAGUGGGCUGCGUCACUCUCAGCGGCGCCGUGCCCGUGACCGCGCGCGCCGCGCUCGUUAACGCUCUCAAUGACGCUAAAUCUGAUGUUAAGGUGAUGUUGUUAUCUCUGUGCGCGGGCGGCGUUGGUCUCAACUUGUGUGGAGCGAACCACCUCCUCCUGUUGGACCCUCACUGGAACCCGCAGCUUGAGGAACAGGCGCAAGACAGGAUCUACCGAGUGGGACAACAGAAACAUGUGCAUAUAUACAGGUUCAUGUGCGUGGGUACAGUGGAACAAACAAUCAGAAAGCUACAGGACGUUAAAUUAAAGAUGGCCGACAAUGUACUCACAGGCGCCAGGAACACGAACGCCUCAAAACUUACCAUCGAGGAUCUGAAGAUGCUGUUUAAUAUGGGGCCACAGAACGAAGCAUAG